CAUAUAAUAAUGUUUUGUAUAAACAUUUUAGUUUAUCAUAAUGUUACAUAUUAAAACCUCGCUAAUUUUGUUCAUGGGUGUAUACAUUGUUCAAUGUGCCAAAAAUAAUUGCAAACUUAGUAAUCUAGAUAGCGUGAUGAAACCAUUAACCAAAAUUAUUGCCGACAAAAAUAGCAAAUGGCCAGAAACUGCUGAACAAAAACAUGAAUUUUGCAGGUACAAAUACCAGCGCGUGCACCGUGCCAAAGACCAUGUGCGGCAGUGUUACCACGGGCUGUCGGCCUCGUUAUUACGUUUUUCGGUGGACGGCAUCGAGAAAAUGAAUGUCAAAAUGUCGUGUAAAAGUGACGCAGAGAUGGAACGAUUUUUAUCACGUUCUAAAUGCGGUAAUAGUGGUAAAGUUGGUACAGCCAAGUGCUAUACGAGUUGGACACACAGACUGGCGCUGGUCCGCAACGUUACCGAUGACGCCAAACGUGUCUCCAUAGAUGACUGGAUCAAAUGCUCUCACGGCGUGUACCUGAUCACAAUCGCACCGUUAACUGUCGGUCCAUUCGGAAAUUACUACCCAAGUCUAGUGGUCACUCUACUAGUGGUAGUAAUAAGGGUCACUACUCAACACAUUUUCCCGCAAUAUUAG